AUGGGAUACGUGUACACUAUUGAGCUUCCAACAAGAUAUGCCAACCUCGCCACAACCAACAUCAGGCGCGUUCACUUCUGUGUCAGCGAGGUGGAAGAGAUAUACCGGUUCUUGGUGAUCGUCCUGGCGACAGUCGUCAACUUUCGCGAAAGCCUGCGCCUAAACAUAAGCUCCCAGCUCGCCAUUGUCCAGCAGGCGGCAGGAGCGCUGGUCGGAGCCCUGCCGUGGCUCGACAACGCCACCAAGGUCGCCUCUGGCAAGAAGAUCGCACGGGCCAAGACGCUGUUGUGGCCACCCAACGAUUUCCUCACAGACGACGUGCUCUCCGUGAUGUACUCCGGCUUUCCCGAGGACGUGCUGUCCGCAGACGAGACUUUCGCCGAUCUGUGGCUCCAGUCCAGACAGGCACUUUCCGACCUGGUGACGGACCGGUCUUACGAAGCCACGGCGAUCGACAUGCUGGCGAACACGCGCCUGCCCUUGGCCCAGUACGACUACGUGCGCAACACUGUCCGAAUCUCGGUCCAGGCACUGUCCGCACCGCUGUACUAUCCGCAGGGCACCAACGCCAUGUUCUACGGUGGCCUGGGCUUCGUAUACGCUCGUGAACUCGUCAAGAGCUUGGACGGGGAGGGCGUCACGUUCGACGGGGACGGCAACGUGGGUCUCGACUGGUCUUCGGAUGUCUGGAAGAUCACCAUGGUCGAACGGACGUUCUGUCUUGCGGCCCAGAGUGGCAGCGCCGAAAAACGCGCCCCAAGGCCGAACGUGAACAAUCGCCUCUUCCCCGACAUUCCGGCGCUGGAGGUGGCAUACGCGGCGUUGCAGUGGGCGCUCGCUUUGGAUCCACAUCCGACGAGAGUGCUCGAGCAUUACACUGAGCAACAGCUGUUCUUCAUCACACUCUGCUACCUCAUGUGUGGCGCAGCUCAUCCGGGCGCCAGGAACUGCAACAAGGCUCUGCGCCACUUUCCGCCCUUCGCCCAGCACUUCGACUGCAAACAGGGCAGCGGGAUGAAAGCAGCCAAGCCGUGCUCGUUGCUCUAUAUCCCAAAUCGCAAGAGUGACAGCGACUAG